UUGAUACCUAUAAAGAAUAGAGUUCAUUUAUAUUUUGAGUAGAAUAUUUUCAAAAGUAACAUAGAUCUAGAAUGUAUUUUACCAAUGAGUAGUCAAAGAAUAGUCUACAUACGUAAUCAAGCAAUUCUAAAAGUCUGUAGAAUUUAAUCUAAGCAUUCAGGAAAACAGAUUCAUUGCAUUUGUAGAUCCAUUGUUGAAUAGAUCUUGCUUCGAGUUGGCACGCAAAUGAACGCCAGAACUGCGACAUGUAUGGAAUCCCGCUGGUAUCAUUUGUUUGUUUUCCUGGUGCUGGUCAAUACUCCUCAAGGCGUGGACGGCAUCCAAGCUUUCCAGUUCAACCCUUACAAGAGAAUGCCCGACUCCAAUUGUGAUUACGGCCUGAUGGCAAACAUUGAUGAACUUCAGCUAACUGCCUAUGUGGACCUCAAAAUGCUGCCUGGCUACGUACACGGCAUUUACCAAAAGUAUUACUACCUGAUGUAUGAGAACCCUUGCAGUGGAGAGAGCAAUGUGGUGUGUCGGUUUAAUCUAAACAACCCGGAGUUUUAUUGCAACCCCUCGCAGGUUGGCAUGGAGUGCUACUGCGGGCCGGUAACUGACAACAUAGUGACCCUCAUUGUCAACGUCACUGUCAUGCUCGAUUACGACAGAGCGGAUUUCUUCUUCACCUACGGCCCAGUGCAGGACCUUGACCUCAGUGACGUCAUGCACUUGCCUGAAAGGGUUUUUGCCCCUGAGAAAACUCUGUGCAUAAAAUAUCCUCCGAAUGCCUGCUGAUGGAUCAGUCAUAACACAGUAAGGCUAAGACCAAUAGCAACAAUGUCUCAAAAAGCCCAUCAGAUGUACCGGUGAUUUAUAGCCACAGAUGAAAUCACUUGGUGACUUUGAUUCGUUUUCAGCAAAAAAAAAAAAGGAAAAAGUUAUUGCGUCAUUUUUACAGUCGAAAAGUCUUUUUGAGUAUAACUAUCAUCUUAUGAAUAAUUUGAAUUUCUUACUUUUCUAUAUGAAGCAAAAAAAAAAUUUCUAUACCUACAAAUACCAAAUAAUAAACUAAAAAGUCUUAGUAAAUAGAAGAAGUGUGUAUUCUUUCGCACGUCUACAUAAAUCGUUAAUAUAAGCCCAAAUAAAUGUAACUGUACAACA